UUUGUAGUUGGAGAGUAUCGUAACUGCCCUUUUUCUUCUUCCUUCUUCCUUCUCCUUUCUUCACAAUAAAAGCCUCAAACAACACUCUUUCACUUUGUCCUCCAUUUCUCCAUUUCUCUAUUUCUCUCUCUUCUCUCAAAUUUCCCUUUUUUCUUUUUGUAGCGUUUCAUUUCUUCUCAGUCCGAUAAAGGACGGAGAAUUCCUUUUUUCUCUGUUUUAUCAAUCAAUGGUCUUUCAUUCAGUCUCAGAAACGAGAAAUAACUCGAACGAAACCGUAACCGAAACCGAAGGUGUGGUGAUGGCUUCUUCUUCGGCCUUGAAAUCUCAGCCUCUUCAUAACUUUCAACUACAUGACCUCAAAUGGGCCAUGAACCACAGUAACAAUCAACGCCUUCGAAAGCUCGCUGAUUCCUCUCAGAAAUCUCCUCAGCGCAGCGAUACCGAUACCGACUCCGACAAUAACCGGAAGGGGAAUACAGUGCGGGAGGCUCCUUUCAAUAACGGAGCUUCUUCUGGUUCUUCUCUCGAUCAUAAGACUGGAAAAUCGGAGAAGAAAGUUAUCAACGCUCCUGAUUCUCUGGUUGAUAGUGACAGCUUGGGGAAGAAAGUUGCUCCACCGGAAGGUAGAUCGAAGAUCUACAUACGUUUGCGAACGAAGAAUCAGAAACCUGUUGAGGAGGUCGUGGACGUAGGAGAUCAGAACUUGAAUGUGGAAGACGUUGAGGAGUUUGUUCCGAAGACGUGGAAUCUGAGGCCUAGGAAGCCGAUAUCAAAGCCUAGAAAUCAAAAUGGAGGUGCGCCGAAGAUGGUGGCUUCGGCUCACGAUAACAAAACUCAGAGGCCAGAGUCGAGUCGGUCUAGGAAUGUCACCGAGUCCAAACCAGCUGAGAAGAAGGCGAAGAAACAGAAGUUCUCAAUUUCGCUUACUAGGGAAGAAAUUGAUGAGGAUAUCUUUGCUAUGACCGGUUCAAAGGCUUCUAGAAGGCCAAAAAAGCGAGCCAAGAAUGUUCAGAAACAACUUGAUUGCGUGUUUCCUGGAUUGUGGUUAUCUUCCAUAACGCCUGAUAGCUACAGAGUCCCCGAGCCUCCUCUAAAGGGUUAGAUGGGAGUGCUGCUAAAACCAGUGCUUCUGGAGGGUGGGGAUAAGAGUGACUGCUAAACACCUUUUUUUGCAGUUGUAGAUUGAGCUUGUAGAGAUGAAAGGGUAACAAAUGUAUCUUGUUCUUGUGCCUUUUUGUCUAAUCCAUGAAGAGGUUACUGGGAUGGCUGGAGACAGUAUAUUAUGAAUCUUGUUAUGAAUAGCUACAGAUUGUAAAUAUGACUUAUCAGACUCAUAAUAGGGUUUUAACCUUUUUUCAGUUUAUGUAAAAGGAAACCGUUUUUUCCGGUAGAUCGUUAGAUCCUUAGACUAUCAGUACUUGUUAGCUGUUUAUGGAACUGGUUAAAUGUUAAAGCAUUAUAAGUGUUUACAGAUCCAGAAAGUUCGGGAUGAA